UGCUUUGAGCGAAAAUCCAAGCUGAGUGAGUAAAGAGGAAGAGGAAGAUGAAGAUCCAGCGUUACUUUUUGAAAAGGUAAAGAAUGACGUUAGUUUUUAUAGAAAAAAUAUAAGAAAGAGGAAAGAAAAUAGAGCCAGCUGUUGCAGAUUCAGAUUCAGAUAGAGAGAAGAGAGGUGGGGUUUGGUUUGGUUUGGUGUUAGUAGGGCUAUUCUUAUGUGGGUUGUAUGAGAAAUUCCACACUUAACUGACUCACUCACUGACUUAUUGAGACAGAAAGUAAGCCAACCCAACAGAACGUACGCCAACCCAACAGAACGUACUGGAUAAUAUUUCUUACAACAUUGUGUCAACAUUGUGUCAACAGAGAGAAAAGAUAAUGUCUUUACAAGGAAUGGACUAUAACUGAGUUUGAGGGUUUUGUAAGAGAUUAUGUGGGGGUGUUGGUGGUGAUAAAGAGUAAAAUGGACACUCCUGAGAAGACUAACCAGAUCGUCACUCCACUCUCUAAGUUUGAGGAUUCUCCUGUCUUUAACUAUAUAAAUAGUCUUUCUCCAAUCAAGCCAGUUAAGUCUAAACCCGUAACUCAGACAUUCAACUCACUGAAUUUUGCUUCUAUCCCAUCAAUUUUCACUUCACCUCAUGUCAGCUCUCACAAGGAAACUAGAUUCCUCAGAAGGAAUAACUGUUCGGAUCCAUCAAAACCAGGGCUUUCUUCUGAAAAUGGUAAUAAGGUGUGUACUAAUGUUGGGGUUGCAACAGAUGGAUCUCAGGUGUAUGAUAACUCAGCUCAACGUGGGGAAAGUUUUGAUCCUGGGGUUUCAUUUGAAGAAGUAUCUGUUGAGGCUUCCAGUGAUUCAAAGUUUGCUAUUGAACUUCCACGAGCCUUAAAGUAUGAUUGUGGGAGCCCUGGUUGUGACCCAACACCUUGUGGUAUUGAGACAAAUUCUGUUUCAGAAAUGACUCAUGCAUCUGUGCCUAUUGUUCAAUUUGCUGAAAAGGCCUCUGAAAAUGUUUCAUCUGAAGUUGAAGUACAUUUGAGUGGGACAUCCCACGGCGAGCACAAAAAGGAAGCUGCGGGAUGUGAUUGGGAGAGUUUGAUGUCUGAUGCUGCAGACCUAUUAAUUUUUAACUUCCAUGAUCAGCCAGAGGCUUAUAAGGGCCUAAUGCAUAAAUCAAUGGACCCUGGAGCAAGAUUUGGUACUUCUGUGAUGCCACAAUUCCCCCAAAACAACAUUAGUGGAGAGCCGUAUAUGCGAAUCGUUGAUCUGGUUGGUUCUUGUCAGCAAUAUGAAACAGAAGAUCAAUCUACUCAACCUGGAGAAAUCAAUGAGCUGCAACAAAUAAACCAGAUGCACAAUGGCGAUGCUAGUGAUGAUAUGGAUAGGUGCUUAACAGAUGAUCCGAGUGAGAAAGAAGGUGAUAAGGUGGGAAUGAAUAUUCCAGUUGCUUUUGAGGCCAUCCCUAGUUUGCACAGUGGUAUGCUAAGGCGUUGUUUAGAUUUUGAAAUGGUAGCUCGCAGGAAGAACUUAAAUUAUGGUUCUAAUUGUAGCUCUUCUGCGCUGUUGCAAUCUGAUGAGAGGUUUGCUUCUAAAGAUACACAGGUGGUGCCAUUUAAGCCUUCCAAUGAUUCUCCUCAGCGCAUUUUGCCUGGGAUUGGUUUGCAUUUAAAUGCUUUAGCAAUAAGUUUAAAGGAUAACAAGUACACCAAGCAUGAAAAUUUUUCUUCUGGAAGACAAUUAAGUUUGCCUGGCUCUACUUCCUCCAUUCACUCCCCUAAAAGUAGUCAAGAUCCUCAGCAUGAAUUUUUGACUUCAGCCUCUACUGACAAAGACAUGAUUGCUGUUGGCAAUGGAGUUCCACUGGCAGAAAAUUCUUCUCAGACAUCUGGAUAUUUAGUGUCUGAAGAGUUUAAUCAGAAUAGCCCCAAAAAGAAGAGGCGUAUGUUGGAAAAUGUAGGAGAAACUGAGCCUUGCAAGCGUUGUAAUUGCAAGAAAUCAAAGUGUUUGAAACUUUACUGUGAAUGCUUUGCUGCUGGUGUCUACUGCAUAGAACCAUGCUCAUGCCAAGAUUGCUUCAACAAGCCUAUUCAUGAAGAUACAGUUCUUGCGACUCGCAAACAAAUUGAGUCGCGGAACCCACUUGCAUUUGCUCCUAAAGUGGUUAGGAGCUCUGAUUCUUUACCUGAACCCGGGCAGGAUGAACCUAGCAAAACACCAUCUUCAGCAAGACAUAAAAGAGGCUGCAACUGCAAGAAAUCUAGUUGCCUAAAGAAAUACUGCGAAUGCUAUCAGGGUGGUGUUGGAUGCUCAGUCAACUGCAGAUGUGAAGGGUGCAAGAAUGUAUUUGGCAGAAAGGAUGGUUCUAUAUUGAUGGAAACCGAAGGUGAACCAGAAGAAGAUGAAAUGGAGACAUGCGAAAAGAGUGCAGUUGACAAAAAAUUGCAGAAAACUGAAAUCCCCAAAAAUGAAGAGCAGAAUCCAGGCUCUGCUCUGCCCACAACACCAUUGCAGUUUUCCAGAUCGUUGGUUCAGCUGCCAUUUUUGACCAAGUGCAAACCAUCGAGGUCUUUACUUACUAUCGGAUCCUCCUCCGGGUUUUACGCUGGCAACAAGUAUGGAAAGCCCAAUAUUCUCCGUUCUCAGAAGAUGAAGUGCCCUGAAGACGACAUGCCCGAGAUUCUUCAAAGCAACUGCUCUCCCAAGGGUGGUAUUAAGACUGCUUCUCCCAACAGUAAGAGGGUCUCUCCACCAAACACUGGCUUAGGGUCAUCUCCUAGUCGGAGAAGCGGGCGGAAGCUGAUAUUACAAUCAAUACCUUUGUUUCCAUCGCUCACUCCACAGCACUGAAAAUGAAGUUGGGACAAGAUGAAAUUCUUUGAAUCCUUGUUCAGAGAGGCAUGUUUUCUAAGCAGCACGAGCCAGGCUUCUGCAUUUGUACAAUAAUAUGGUAUCUGCCAAUCUAGGUUCCAUAACUUUAGCUACUUUCAUUGUAUAAUAGGGUGUUUCUUUAAUCCAGGCAAAAAAGUUACACAUUUUAUUAGUGGAGAUGUGCUCUUCCUAGGAGCACUGUUAGAAAAAUUAUAUAUUCUUAUUCAUAAGAAUAGAACCUAAGUUUGAUUAAAUUGUAUACCAACUGUGAAUAUCAUUCAAUUCUGAGCUUCUGUGGGAAUGAUAAUUAGAGUUGAGAAAUCUUGAGAUGUGGUGUAAAUCCUGGUACUGAGCAUGAGAUACUAAAAAGCAUUUUCAUA